AUGCUGCAACUGGGCAUAAUUCGGCCGUCCGAGAGUCCAUGGGCGUCCCCUCUGCAUAUGGUGCCCAAGGCGACAUCAGACGACUGGCGACCCUGUGGUGACUAUCGCGCCCUCAACAAUGCGACCGUACCGGAUCGUUAUCCCGUCCCUCAUCUUCAAGAUUUUGCUGGAGCUCUUUUCGGCAAAUCGGUUUUCUCGAAGAUUGACCUUGUUCGGGCCUUCCAUCAGAUUCCUGUCGCUCCUGAGGAUGUUCCCAAAACUGCCGUCAGCACACCAUUCGGCCUGUUCGAAGUUAUUCGCAUGCCAUUUGGUCUUCGCAAUGCUGCCCAAACAUUUCAGAGGUUAAUUGACCGAGUCCUACGUGGUCUUCCGUUUGUGUACGCUUACAUCGAUGACCUCUUGGUGGCCAGUCGAAAUGCCGAGGAACACAAAGUGCAUCUUGCCUUAGUGUUUGACCGCCUCGAUCAGUUUGGCGUGGCCAUUAACCCUUCGAAGUGUGUUCUGGGUGUGCCGUCCCUUGAUUUUCUUGGUCACCAUGUCGAUGCACAAGGUUUGCGUCCCCUCUCUUCCAAGGUUGAGGCCAUCCGUGACUUCACAAUUUUCACAGACCACAAACCACUUACAUUUGCCAUCCGAUCCCAUUCUGACAAAUAUAAACCGAGAGAGAUUGCUCAUUUGGAUUACAUCUCGCAAUUCACCACCGACAUCCGCCACAUUGAUGACCCGAAGAAUGCGGUGGCCGACAUGCUGUCCAGACCUUCCCUCUCGGCGUUUCACCUCUUACACGGGAUUGAUCUUGGUGCUAUGGCGGCUGAACAACGACGUGUUGGAUGCCCUGGCGACGAGUCUGUUGACAGUCUUCAAUUAGUUGACGUCCCAUUGACCACCGGCACUGGCACAAUCCUUUGUGACGUAUCGACUCCUUUUCAUCGCCCUUAUGUGCCUGCUUCGAUGCGUCGAGCUGUUUUUCAAACUCUCCACGGACUCUCCCAUCCUGGGAUUCGAGCCUCACAGAAGCUCCUCGCGGAAAGGUUCGUAUGGCGUGGGUUGAACAAGGAUGUGAAAGCUUGGACACGAUCGUGCCUUUGCUGUCAACGUAACAAGGUUCAACGCCACAACAAGUCUCCAACGGGCACGUUCCCCAGCCCCGAUGCACAGUUCAACCAUAUGCACUUAGAUGUCGUAGGUCCUUUACCUCCAUCCAAUGGUUAUACUCACCUUCUCUGCGUUGAUCGCUAUACCCGUUGGCCGGAAGCCAUUCCUUUACCGAAUGUGCAAGCUGAGACCACCGUGAAAGCCUUCGUCAGUCGUUGGGUAGCCAUAUUCGGUGCGUCAUCCAUGAUUACGACUGAUAAAGGCGCGCAGUUUGAGUCCACGAUUUUCCAAACUCUCCUCAACUUCCUUGGCUGCACAUGUAUUCGGACGACGGCCUACCACUCAGCUGCCAACGGCAUGGAUGAGCGUUUCCACCGCCAGCUAAAAACUGCACUGCGUGCCGCAGAAGAUCCCGAAAACUGGUCAGACAAUGUACUCGUUGCACUUCUUGGCAUUCGUGCGGCACUGAAGUCAGACUUGGACUGCAGCGCAGCCGAAUUGGUUUUCGGCACUGCACUCCGACUCCCUGGUGCGGUGGUCACCCCAACCUCUCGUUGUGCCGAAGAGAUCCCCGAAAAUUUUGUGCAUCGUCUGCGACCAUUCAUGCGCUCUCUUUCCCCGGUUCCACCUCGAGCUCCAUCGACCGAGCCUUAUUUUGAAAAAGGCUUAGCCAACUGCACCCAUGUGCUCGUUCGGUGUGAUCGUGUGCGGAAGCCGUUAGAAUCACCAUACGAAGGACCGUUCCGUGUGCUUGCACGUAACAGCAAGACCUUUCGGAUCCUGCGAGGUGACAAAGAGGACGUAGUCAGCAUCGACCGGGUCAAGGCUGCUGUUGCAGAGGAGCCCCCGGACGUGUCUCAAGGACAAGCAUGUGCUGACCCCAUACUUCCUCCCACUCCUUUUACACUUUCCCCACCUAUCCCUCCGUCCCGUAUACUUCCUCUUCCUUCUUGUUCGCAGCAUCAAACUUCAACCUCUUCCUCCACCCUUAACUUGUCAACUACAACACCUACUCAGAUGCCUCCAACAGUGCCUCCCGCAUAUAUCACCCGCAGUGGACGUCACGUUCACUUUCCCGAUCGUCUAGUUACUCAUUUCUCCUAG